AUCUAAAACAUGAGCGACGCUUUGGCCGAGUGGUUAAGGCGUGUGCCUGCUAAGUACAUGGGGUUUCCCCGCGAGAGUUCGAAUCUCUCAGGCGUCGCACCUAUUUUUUGGCCCAAAGUGAACGUUGACUCUGCACCAGACAAGCAUCAAAAAAACAUAUGGAUGCAUCUCCAUAUACAAACAAACUAAUGUUUAUAGGCAUGAACGCCUGAUCUGUGUUGUGUUAUAGAUAAAAUCGGACAGCAACAAUCCAAAAAUCUCUCUUACUAGUAUUUUAAGGCUUCGUGUUUGUAAAGAUUUUGAUAGAUUGAUGGCCCAUAAUGAGGAGGGAAUGAACGCUUUGCUUCUUGAUGAUAUCAUCAGCCGUCUUCUGGAGUCCCGACACGCAAGAACUCCCCGCCAAGUUCAUUUAUCGGAGUCGGAGAUUCGACAGCUUUGUUGUGCUUCUAAACAUGUGUUUCUGCAACAGCCUACACUGUUAGAACUUGAAGCCCCCAUCAAAAUCUGUGGUGACAUUCAUGGGCAAUAUGGUGACCUUUUAAGUCUGUUUGAUUUUGGAGGAUUUCCUCCUGAGGCCAAUUACCUGUUCUUAGGAGACUAUGUGGACCGCGGGAAGCAAAGUCUGGAAACGAUAUGCCUUCUCCUUGCAUACAAAAUCAAAUACCCGGAGAAUUUUUUCCUUUUGAGAGGAAACCAUGAAUGUGCUUCUAUUAACCGGAUAUAUGGAUUCUAUGACGAAUGUAAGCGGCGUUUCAAUGUGAAGCUCUGGAAAACAUUUACAGAUUGUUUUAAUUGCCUUCCAGUGGCUGCUCUCAUAGACAACAAGAUACUUUGCAUGCAUGGGGGCCUUUCUCCUGAUUUGACAAACUUGGAUCAAAUAAGAAAUCUAACUCGUCCUACCAAUGUUCCUGAGUCUGGUUUGCUCUGUGAUUUACUUUGGUCUGAUCCUAACAGAGAAGUUCAAGGCUGGGGAAUGAAUGAUCGGGGAGUCUCGUACACCUUUGGUCAGGAUAAGGUGUCAGAGUUUGUAAUGCAACAUGAUAUUGACCUUGUUUGUCGUGCUCACCAGGUUGUGGAGGACGGAUACGAAUUCUUUGCUGAGAGGCAGCUAGUUACCAUUUUUUCAGCCCCUAACUACUGUGGGGAAUUUGAUAAUGCUGGCGCAAUGAUGAGUGUUGAUGAAAACUUAAUGUGCUCUUUCCAAAUUCUAAGGCCAGCAGAUAGAAAUCAUAGGUUCUUAUGAAGACAUAAGACGCUGCAGCCUCGAUUGCUUUAUAUUUCAGAUGUCCUGCCUAUCAUGUUGGCAACUGUGAGUUGCAGAUGCUGGUUUACAAGCACAGUAGAAAUCUGUGCGAGGCAGCACAAAUUUCCAGUGACAUUAGAUAUAUACAUCAUUGGUUUGGAUAGUAUAAAACAUACUAAUGCAUUACUGCAUGUUGUCAAUAUUCUGGUGUAGAUUUCCAUUUUUAUUUUCCGAUGAGGCGACAAAGUACCUGUAAGCUGUAGCUAUUGAUUUGCCACACAUGAGAUUGAAUGCACUGUUCUUUAAACAUUUGACAGAAUGCUGAGGUGCAAAAUCUUUUUAAGCCUUAAA